AUGGCUGCACCGCUACCGGGCUUCACCCCGCUCCUGCUCUCCUCUCUGGCACUCCACCUGCUUCUCCUCGGCCCUUUGUUCGCCCUCACCCCGGGGACGGGGAAUACAGGAGGGGCUUCCCACCGGUGGACCCCGGGCCUCUGCUAUCGAGACGCCGGUAAACUGAGCCAGCAGCUUCAGCAGCACCAGUGUGAGAGAGCAGGGGAGUCGCCGAGGGGCAGCUGGAAUCUACGCCCAAGCAGGUGCGCCGUAGAGCGGAUACAGUGUGGAGGAUGCUCUGGAGUGCAGCGUGCAGGGGGAGGAUAUCACCGGGAUGGGACACGGAGGGAGAGACUUAAAGAAGAAGGGACGUUAUGGAGGAGUGGAAACGGCCUCCCGGCUCCACAAACACCUCCUCCUCCUCCUCCUCCUCCUCCUCUCCAUCCAGGUAUAAGGAGCAAGUCGAGCUCUGAUGGCGUCGGCGCAGGAGAGGGAGUGGAAAGAGUGAGGAUGAGGAGGAAGGGCGUUGUUUCGCCUCCCGCCUCACCUGCUUUCACCUCCUCGCCGGUUCAAAACGGGAAAAAACGGGCAGUACAAAGGACUAGAGUGUGCGCGCAACGGUGGCCGGCGUCGAGGCCACACCUCGCCAAACGUGGCGCCGCUAAAGCCUUUGUGCACGCCUGUGGCCUGUGCCGGGCACCCGGAAGUGGUAAAAGGAGAGUGGAGAGGGCUCGUGAGGUGAGGAUGCUCUCAGCUACAUGGUGCUCCUUAACAGCAGGGCGUCUUUACGGGUCAAUUCACGAAAAACAAACCAGGAACAUCACUCUUGGCACAUUUCCAACCUAUCUCUCUUGUUGCUUUCACCCUCGUUAUGGAUACAGUUCACUUCACUGUCAGGCUUCAAACUACACCUUCAAAUCCAGCAACAAACCAGGCUGCAUCAAGACAUCAGAUUUGGAUCUUCAUUUAUCAGGCUGUUAUUCCUCUCAGACUGACUUCACAGAUAAAAUUCACAGGAACAGCAAAGCUCGGGAUGCUGAUGAGGGCUCAUCCAGCUUGGACAGGAGGGCUGGUAAUUGUUCUCAUUUAGGCAGGCACAAUGUUAUCGAUCUGAGCAGCAUUAGAGAGGGGGGUGAUGAUAGCAGUUUGACUGGGUGCAUGAGGGGGAGAAGAGGGGGUGAGGAGGAGGAAGAGAGGGAGGGGUGGAGAAGUAGUGCACGGGCAGUGAUUAACCCCAACAUCAGGACACACCUAGAUUACUGUGGACUCCUUGACUUGGCUUCAACAGCAACAUGUAACAGUUCCAGGCUUGUAGAUGAGAAAAGGGAGGGAAAAGAGGGAGGGAUGAACCAGAGCAGCAAAUACAUUAAUUUAUCCAAUUAUCCGGAUAAUGAUUUGGCUUUUCCGAUUCUGACUUUUUCUUGUAGGGCUGAUAAUGAGCUUCAGCAGGGGAAAUUAGUACCAGCAACCAGAGGGCAGGGCAGUCCAACACGGGGAGAAAGUAGGGAGGUUCCCGGUGGUUGCUUUGCUUGUUUGGAGAAGGGGGAUGGUUAUGCUGCGUUUAUGGCCCCGGAGGGAGGCAUAGCUCAGAGGAAUGUCCUCAUCCAAUUUACCCCCAGCAUAACAGAGAAGCAUGGCCAACAUUUUCUGUCUUGGAAAAGCGCAAUUCCUGAAAUCAAGUCAAAAUAUCCUGCCUCGGGAGCCAGCGCGCCUCGUCUUUACGCAGAAAGUGUGAAACUCUCCAAAGCGCCUCGUCUCUCUGCUGAAAAAGUAACUUCAGGAACAGAGUCUGCUGGUGACUCAGUGCUUUUCUCGCCUGCUAAGUUUCCUGGUGAUGUGUCAGCCUCGUCUCACUCAGCAGCAGCAAUUAAAACACUUCUUUUCACUCGUGAUCACACCGUAAUAAAACACUCGGAUGUUAACCUGACCACAUGGCAAAGUGGCUCCACGCACUCCUCCCCUCAAGACAAGAUUUCAGCACCACGGACAGCUUCCUUUAACUCUCAGCGUGUCUAUUUGUGGAGCAAAUUUAACACAAAUAGUAAUAAUAAUAAAAACGAGGCUAGUAAAGAGAUAAAAGGACAAAGUCAUGAGUCUGGAUUAGAGCAGUCGCAGUGGCAUGGUCAAAAAGAACAGCAGGACCUAUGGGAGAGCGCGUUGCAAGAGAUGGCACACGCAGGGUGCGCUGACAGCAUCUCCACAGACUGUUCAGCUACAGAACAGGGGGACCACGCACAUAUGCAAUUAAAAUCCGGUAAGCAAGUGCCAUUAGAGCUAGAAGGUGUCAGACACUCAGAUAGGCAGCAGAUGGGGGAUGAGGGAGAGAGGGAGGGAGAAGGCAUGGAGGGGUCCGCCGCUGUUGCUGCUGCUGCUGCUGCUGUUGGGGGAGGGAAAUUACAGGUGGGGGUGGGAGAGAGAGAGGCGCGGCUCAUGGCAGGGAGAGGACCAAGGGGAGAGGAGCAAAAGGAGGAGGAGGUGUGGGAGAGGGAGAGGGGAAUAACAAAGGCAAGCCGAGCUGAGGAGGGAGAGGCAGAGGGAGGGAAGGGUCAGGACAGGGGCAGUAGCAUCAGCACCAUCACAAAAACACAUAGCGAAAGAGGGAGAAAAGAGAGCCAGGGAGAUGAAAGCCACGAGGUAGGAGAGGGGGAGGAGAGGGGGGAAGAGGAGGAAGAGGAGAGGCACAGUUCAAGGGGAGAGAGGAGUCUGGAGCGGCUGAUAAUAGUAGCAGAUGAUGAAACCUCACAUGGAGAUCGAGGGAGGAAGAUUCUGAUGCCAUGGCCUCGCUUUAGACGUGCAGCCAACAGACACCCCCAUUUCUCCCAGUAUAACUUCCAAGUCCAAGUAGCUGAAAACCAGCCACCAGGCACCUCAGUCAUUGUCAUGUCAGCCUCAGAUCCAGAUGCAGGCGAUGCCGGAAGGGUUAGCUACUCUAUGGCCCCACUCAUGAACAGCAGAUCAUCUGACUACUUCCACAUCCACCCUGACACAGGCCUCAUCACAACCACUCAGAUUCUAGACAGAGAACACAUGGACUUGCACUACUUCCGGGUCACAGCGACAGACUUUGGCGCCUCUCGCCUCUCUGGCACCACUAUGGUGGCCAUUACUGUCUCAGACCGGAAUGAUCACUCUCCUAUUUUUGAGCAGGCAGAGUACAGGGAGACGAUCAGGGAGAACGUGGAGGAGGGGUAUCCCAUCUUACAGCUCAGAGCGACUGAUAUGGACUCCCCAUCCAAUGCCAAUAUCCGCUACCGCUUUGUGGGGGACUCAGCUGUCAUUGCAAGAGCAGCCUUCGAGAUUGACCCUCGCUCUGGCCUUAUUACCACCCGUGGAGCAGUGGACCGGGAAACAAAUGAGCACUAUACACUCCAAGUGGAGGCCAGCGACCAGGGGAAGGAGCCAGGGCCUCGCUCUGCUACUGUCAAAGUUUUCAUCACUGUUCUAGAUGAAAAUGAUAAUGUGCCACAGUUCAGUGAAAAGCGCUAUGUAGUAGCAGUGAAAGAGGAUGUUCGACCUCACUCUGAGAUUCUUCGAGUAAGUGCCACAGAUCGAGACAAGGACAGCAAUGCUGCUGUUCACUAUAACAUCAUCAGCGGUAACAGCCGUGGACAGUUUUCCAUCGAUAGUGUCACAGGGGAGAUUCAUGUUGUGGCACCUUUGGACUAUGAAGCAGAGCGAGAGUACACGCUCCGUGUUCGUGCACAGGACAAUGGACGACCACCUCUUUCUAACAACACUGGUAUUGUCAGUGUUCAAGUGACAGAUGUCAAUGAUAACCCACCAAUCUUUGUCUCCACACCAUUCCAGGCGUCUGUGCUUGAGAGCGCCCCAGUUGGUAGUUCCAUCCUCCACAUUCAGGCCAUUGAUACUGACUCUGGUGAUAACGCCCGCCUGGAGUACAGGUUAACUGGCACCAGCUCUGACACGCCAUUCAUCAUUAACUCUGCAACAGGCUGGGUCACCGUGAAGUCUAUUCUGGACCGAGAAUCUGUGGAGCACUACUUCUUCGGUGUAGAGGCCAGGGAUUAUGGCAUGCCCCCACUUUCUGCUACAGCAAGUGUCACAAUAACAGUGAUGGAUGUUAAUGACAACCGCCCAGAGUUCCUUCAAAAGGAGUACUAUGCUCGCCUGAAUGAGGAUGCGGCAGUUGGCACUAGUGUAGUGACUGUAACAGCUGUAGAUCGUGAUGUGAACAGUGCUGUGACUUAUCAGAUAACAGGAGGAAACACCAGAAAUCGCUUCGCCAUCAGCACAGCAGGAGGGGCUGGGCUUCUGUCCUUAGCCCUCCCACUGGACUACAAACAAGAGCGGAGAUAUGUUCUGACAGUCACAGCUUCAGAUCGCACUCUGCAUGACACUUGUCAGGUGCACAUCAACAUCACUGAUGCUAACACUCACCGCCCUGUAUUCCAGAGUGCACACUACUCUGUCAGUGUGAAUGAAGACCGACCACCAGGAAGCACUGUAGUUGUGAUCAGUGCAACAGAUGAUGAUGUUGGUGAAAACGCUCGGAUCACAUACUUCCUGGAGGACAACAUCCCACAGUUCCGCAUUGACAGCGCCACAGGGGCUAUAACCCUCCAGGCGGAGCUCGACUAUGAGGACCAGAUGACCUACACAUUGGCUAUAACAGCUAAAGACAAUGGCAUACCACAGAAAUCAGACACAACUUAUGUUGAAGUGAAUGUGAAUGAUGUGAACGAUAAUGCACCUCAGUUCCUCAGCCCUAGAUAUCAGGGAACAGUGAGUGAAGACGCCCCUCCUUUCACAAGUGUCCUCCAAAUCUCAGCCACCGACCGCGAUGCUCACGCCAACGGUCGUGUUCAGUACACCUUCCAAAAUGGUGAGGAUGGAGACGGGGACUUUACUAUUGAACCUACAUCUGGAAUUGUAAGAACAGUUCGGCGCUUGGAUCGUGAGAGCGUUCCAUUCUAUGAGCUCACAGCCUACGCUGUGGAUCGUGGUGUGCCCCCUCAGAGAACCCCUGUCCACAUCCAAGUGACAGUCCUAGAUGUGAAUGAUAAUGCCCCAGUCUUCCCUGCUGAUGACUUUGAGGUUUUAGUGAAGGAAAAUAGUGCUGUUGGCUCCGUAGUUGCCCAGAUCACAGCCACCGACCCUGACGAGGGUGCCAAUGCUCAGAUCAUGUACCAAAUCGUGGAAGGAAACAUCCCUGAGAUCUUCCAGAUGGACAUUUUUUCUGGGGAGCUCACUUCUCUCAUUGAUCUGGACUAUGAAACCCGUAAUGAGUAUGUCAUCGUAGUCCAGGCCACCUCAGCGCCCCUUGUCAGCCGAGCUACUGUUCGUAUCCGACUGGUCGACCAGAAUGACAACAAGCCUACUCUUCAGGACUUCCAAAUCAUCUUCAACAACUUUGUGUCCAACCGCUCCAACAGUUUCCCCAGCGGAGUAAUUGGGAAAGUACCCGCCCACGAUCCCGAUGUGUCAGACAGGCUGUACUACACCAUCGACAGAGGGAAUGAGCUUCACCUGCUGCUCCUGAAUCACACCAGUGGGGAGAUCCGACUGAGCCGAAAACUGGAUAACAACAGGCCGCUGGUGGCUCCCAUGCUGAUCACCGUCACAGAUGGCGUCUACAGCAUUUCAGCCCAAUGUGUUUUGCGUGUCCUCAUCAUCACAGAGGACAUGCUGGGCAGCAGUGUCACCGUCCGCCUCCAGAACAUGUCUCAGGAACAUUUUCUAUCACCACUGCUGGGCAACUUCCUGGAGGGCGUGUCAGCGGUGCUCUCUGUGCCCGUGGAGGAUGUUUUUAUCUUCAACAUCCAGCCAGACCUGGAUGCCGCACCAGGAGGGAUCCUGAAUGUCAGCUUCUCUGCAGCACUGCCAGGCGGACUCUUCUUUCCGUCUGAGGCCCUGGAGGAGCAGCUGUACCUGAACAGGCCCAGGCUGACGUCACUGACGCAGAUGGAGGUUCUACCAUUUGACGACAAUGUGUGUUUGCGUGAGCCAUGCCAGAACUACAUGAAGUGCAUUUCGGUGCUGCGCUUCAACAGCUCCGCUCCCUUCAUUUCCUCACCCUCCAUCUUGUUCCGACCAAUCCAUCCAAUCGCAGGCCUUCGCUGCCGCUGCCCUGUUGGAUUCACGGGUGAUUACUGUGAGACAGAGAUCAACCUGUGUUACUCCAACCCCUGCCUGAAUGGAGGAGUCUGUGCCCGCAGAGAGGGAGGGUACACUUGUAUCUGUCGGGAAGACUUCAGUGGUGACAGAUGUGAGUUUGAUCGGCGGCAGGGCAGGUGUGUGCCAGGGGUGUGUCGCAAUGGAGGGACAUGUCGGGAGCUUUCUGGUGGGGGUUUCCGCUGUGAGUGUCCUGCAGGAGGCUAUGAGCGUCCAUACUGCACAGUCACUGCUCGAUCUUUCCCACCCAAGUCCUUCGUCAUGUUCAGGGGCCUCAGACAGAGAUUUCAUCUCUCCAUCUCUCUAACUUUUGCCACCUUGGAGAACAGUGGACUUCUCUUCUAUAAUGGCCGCUUCAAUGAGAAACAUGACUUCAUUGCAUUGGAGAUCCAAGAUGGACAAGUGGUGCUCAAAUAUUCCACAGGUGAAUCAUCCACUCAGGUGAAUCCCUUCCUGCCAGGUGGUGUGAGUGAUGGAAACUGGCAUACUGUUCAUAUCCACUACUACAACAAGCCAGCUACACGCUAUCCCAAACGAAGUAUGACUGGAGAGGCCCAGGGUCCAUCAGAUGAGAAGAUUGCUGUAGUGAGCAUUGACGACUGUGAUACAGCAUUGUCACUACGCUUUGGUACACAGCUGGGAAAUUACAGCUGUGCUGCACAAGGCAAACAGACCAGCAGCAAAAAAUCAUUGGACCUAACUGGUCCGUUGUUUCUGGGCGGAGUCCCCAAUGUACCAGACAACUUUCCGUUUGGCACUAGAGAGUUUAUCGGCUGUAUGAAGGAGCUGCACAUUGAUAACAAGCCGCUGGACUUGGCUGGAUUCAUCGCUAAUAAUGGGACAAUUCCUGGCUGCAGUGCCAAGCUCCCCUUCUGUAAGUCCAACCCCUGCCAGAACGGAGGAACCUGCAGGGUGAGCUGGGAGACUUUUUCCUGUGACUGCCCCUUGGGAUACGGAGGGAAGGACUGCAGUCAUGUGAUGCCACAUCCUCAUCGCUUCCUGGGUAACAGUGCCCUGUGGUGGGACCUGAAGAAUGAUGUGACAAUCUCCACGCCCUGGUAUCUUGGUCUAGUGUUCAGGACCAGAGCGAGAGAGGGAACCUUACUGCAGGCUCAGGCUGGCCAAUAUACCAGCCUGCUCUUCCAAGUGAUAAAUGGUCAGCUUGUCUUCUCUGUGGCCCGCGGCUCAACCAGACCAGUACGUUUGCGUUUGGAUCAGGUUCAGGUGGCAGACGGCCGCUGGCAUGACCUCCAGCUGGAGCUGCGAGAUGUUCGCAGUGGACGUGAGACUCGCUACGUUGCCACCCUACGGCUUGACUUUGGACUAUAUCAGGGAACAGUGAUAGUGGGAAAUGAGAUUCAUGGUUUGAAGGUGAAACAUCUGCAUGUGGGAGGAGUGCUUGGCUCUGGAGAGGUUCAAAACGGGAUAAGAGGAUGCAUACAGGGUGUUCGAUUGGGUGUCAGGCCAGAUGCACCUCCGCUUCCCCGCCCAAGCAGAGCUGUCAAAGUAGAGACUGGCUGCAAUGUUGGCAACCCUUGCGUCUCAUCUUCUUGCCCUAUCCACAGCCACUGUUCAGAUCAAUGGGAGCGCCACACCUGUAUCUGUGAACCAGGUUACUACGGGAGAGGCUGCACCGAUGCAUGCCAUCUGAACCCAUGUGAAAACGAGGCCCAGUGCCACAGGAAGUCCACCUCUUCCCAUGGAUACAUCUGUGACUGUGGAGACAACCACUAUGGACAGUACUGCCAGCACAGAAUUGAUCACCAGUGCCCCAGGGGCUGGUGGGGAUCUCCGACCUGCGGGCCGUGCCACUGUGACACCAAUAAAGGCUUCGACCCCAACUGUAACAAGACCAAUGGACACUGUCACUGCAAAGAGUUUCAUUAUCAUCUGCGAGGCUCUGACACCUGUCUGCCAUGUGACUGCUACCCUGUGGGUUCCUUCUCGCGGUCAUGUGACCCAGAAACAGGCCAGUGCCAAUGUAGGCCAGGUGUGAUUGGUCGCCAGUGCAACUCAUGUGACAACCCCUUUGCUGAGGUCACAAAUUCAGGCUGCGAGGUCAUUUAUGAUGGGUGUCCAAAGACCAUCACUCAGGGGAUCUGGUGGCCUCGGACCAAGUUUAACCUGCCUGCCGCAGUGCCCUGUCCCAAAGGAUCUGUCGGUGCAGCCAUCAGACACUGUGAUGUGGAGAGAGGAUGGCUGGAGCCAGACCUUUACAACUGUACCUCACCUCCUUUUGUGGAGCUCAAUGCUGCGCUUGAUUCUCUGGAGCGCAAUGAAACAGAACUGAACACCAUCAUGGAGAAGAAACUGGCUCACCAGCUACGUGAUGUCACUGAAGCAACCUCUCGUCUUUAUGGCAAUGACUUGCAGAUCGCUGAACGGCUGCUGUCCCGCCUCCUCACCUUUGAGACCCAACAGAGUGGCUUUGGACUCACUGCCACUCAGGAUGCACAUUUCAAUGAGAAUAUUGUACGGGGCUGCAGUGUACUGUUGGGUCCUAGCACCACUGGACUUUGGCGGGCUCUUGCUCAGAGUCAGAACCACAUUCCAGGUGGUGGUCCGGGUGAGCUGACGGAGCUUCUGGAUCAAUACGCCCAGAAUCUAGCCCAGAACAUGAAGCUCACCUACCUCAACCCUGUGGCACUGGUUGCUCCAAACAUUGUCAUGAAUCUUGAUCGUGUGGAAAACCAUACUCAUGUUCGUCGGCGUUUCCCACGGUACCACACCACCCUGUUUCGUGGCCAGGCUCUAUGGGAUCCCUACACUCAUGUGAUACUACCCCCCGCUGCUCUGGUGCCACAACGCCAGCAACAACACAGCUGGAAGGAGAAGGAGCGAACAGAGAAAGAACCUGCAGCCCCACAGAACACUGCCUCCGCCCCUGUCAGUAUCUCAGCCAAUCAGACAGGAGAGCACACUGCAGCGAGGCGCGCUGUUUCGAUGCCUGAGCAGCCCAUCACCAUUGUCAUCUUGCUGAUCUAUCGCAGUCUGGGUGCUGCCCUCCCUCCCAAGUACCACACAGACAGACGAGGAGUGAGACUUCCCAGGCAUCCAGUAAUGAACUCCCCCGUGGUCAGUAUCUCUGUCUUCAACAACCAGACGUUUGUGGCUGGUCAUUUAGACCAGCCCAUCCUGCUUGAGUUCAAGCUUCUGGAGACAGCAAAUCGCAGCAAACCAUUGUGUGUGCAGUGGAACCACAGCAGCCAGUAUGAGAUAGGUGGUUGCUGGACAGUCAGGGACUGUAUGGUGGUGUACAGGAACACGUCUCAUGUCCGCUGUCAGUGCCAGAGAUUGGGCACAUUUGGCGUACUGAUGGACAGUUCACACCGAGAGCAGCUGGAGGGAGAUCUUGAGACGCUGGCCUUGGUUACCUACUCCUCUCUCUGCGUCUCCAUGCUGGCCCUCCUUCUCACUGUCAUGGUGCUCUCCUGCCUCAGAGGCCUCAAGUCCAACACCAGGAGCAUCCAUUCAAACACAGCAGCGGCCAUGUUUCUAUCUGAACUGGUGUUUCUACUUGGAGUCAAUCAGACUGAACAACAGUUCCUGUGCACAGUUGUUGCUAUCUUGCUGCAUUACUUCUUCAUGUCCACAUUUGCCUGGAUGUUUGUGGAGGGCCUUCAUAUCUACCGCAUGCAGACUGAGCAACGUAACAUCAACUUUGGUGCUAUGAGGUUCUACUAUGCCAUCGGCUGGGGCGUUCCUGCUAUUAUCACAGGCUUGGCAGUUGGUUUAGACCCAGAGGGUUACGGGAACCCGGACUUCUGUUGGAUUUCUAUUUAUGACAAACUCAUCUGGAGCUUUGCUGGUCCUAUAGCCAUCGUCAUUCUGAUGAAUGGCGGGAUUUUCAUGAUUGUAGCAAAGAUGUCCUGCAAUCCCUCUCAGAAGGAGACCAAGAAGCUCCCAGUCAUUGCUACAAUUCGCAAUGCCUUUAUGCUUCUGCUAGUAGCCACCUCCACCUGGCUGUGUGGUCUAAUGGCUGUGAACAACAGCAUCCUUGCUUUCUACUACAUUUUCAAUGUCCUCUGCUUGGUGCAGGGUCUGUCUGUGAUGCUGGUCUUCACUGUGUUCAACUCAGAGGUUCAGGAGGCCUGGAGUGUUGCCUGUUUAGGAAAAAAGAGCCCAGGAGAAGACCCACCAAGACCACCUCAGAACACUGCUCAGAACCCCUAUCACAACGCAUCCCUGUUGGAGCAGAGCGGGCUGCACCGUAUCACACUGGGAACCUCCACCAUCUCCUCUGUCAGCUCUGCCAGGGAGAAUCUUUUGGCUCGUCAGACUCUGGAGCAAAACAUCGUCCACACUGGAGCCACAGACCUGGAUGUGGCCAUGUUCCACAGAGAUGGAGGUGAGGAUUCAGACUCAGACUCAGACCUCUCCAUGGAGGAGGAGCGCAGUCUCUCCAUUCCCUCCUCUGAGAGCGACGACAACGUCAGACUACGUGGGCGGAUCCAGCGGCGAUUCAAACGCUCCAAUCACAGUGAGCGUCUGCUCACUGAGACAACUCACAAUGGCACCAAAGAUCUGGAUGGCAAUGACCUUCUGUCCUAUUGGCCGGCUUUGGAGGAGUGUGAGACGCACACGCUGCAGAAGUGGGGCUCAGAACGACCUCUGGGAGGAGAUUACAGCAAAGAUGCUGCCAACAACAACCAGCCUGAUGCAGCGCUGACCAGUGGGGAUGAGAGCGGCCUCACCCAGCCACACAGGCACCGCAAGGGUAUCCUGAAGAAUCGUCUUGGCUGUCCCCCAGCCCUUCAGGGUCUUGCCACCAUGGGUCGGGUCCCCAGUGAGCUCAACUGGUACCGGACCUCUACUUUAGGACACCGAGGUGUUCCUGCAGCAUCAUAUGGUCGUAUGUACUCUGCCACAGCAGGCGCCAGUGGAGGUUCUGGUUCUCUAUCUCAACCUGCUUCCCGCUACUCCUCCCGGGAGCAUCUGGACUCUCUGUCUCGAAGGCAGCUGUCCAGAGAUCCACUAGGAAGGCAGACGGUCGGGGGAUCGAGGGAUCGCCUAGACUCCCGUGGUUCUAGAGACAACCUGGAUCUUUUACCUAGGAGAAGAGAGCUGGGGCUGGGGCCAGGAGCAGGACUAGGGGGCCUGAGUCUGGAUCAUCAGCGAGUGUCUUCAUCCAGGGAGAACUUGACAGGAUCCAGGGACAGGCUGGACAACCACCACACAGGCAGCAUCCACGCCUCCAGAGAGGACCUGAGUGGAAACGGAGCAGGGGGAGCAGGGAUGGAGGGAUACCUUAGUGGAUCCAGGUCACAUUUGAACUCACUAACUAGGCGGCAGGCCUCAUCCAGGGAGCACCUUGGGGGAGCACUGAUGAGCAGUAGGUCCAGAGAGCAGCUGGAGACAAACGGAGUCGGAGCUCAGGCUCAGCCGUGUCGGGAGUGGCUUCGCACUCUGCCUCCUCGACAGCCCUCUCAUCCUGACCAGCCUCUGUCCUCUUCCCCUCCACCCCCCAUUUCCGAGGAGCCCCAAGAGCCACCCCCUGCUCCGCCUCACAUCAGAGGACGACUGGACUCAGCACCUCCAUGUAGGUACCCUGGUCAGGUUCCUCAGGCUGCAGGUCCAAAUCCAAACCCUCUGGGUCGGCAGCCAUCCAGUGAACAUCUGGAUAUUUUGUCCUCCAUCCUGGCAUCCUUCAGUUCCACUGUCCUAACUCCUCCUCCCCCUGGCUCUAACCCUGGGCCUAAUGGCUCUGCCCAUGGACCCUCCCUUUCUCCAUCUCAGUCUGCCACCUCCCACAGUGUUUCUGAAGUCUCUCCUGACUCUGAAGCCAACAGAAGUGAAGGACAGUCUUGAUGACAGCCUCCGUGUCCCUUUAUUCAUUGUGACAGUACUUGGAACACAAGGGACGAAAGCAAAGGUCAUGGAUGGCCUCAAACCACUGGGACACUCUGGGCCAUCAGAGGACUACAAACAAACUUGGACAGAGGAGACGCUGUGUUGGAAAGAAAGUAAGACUGAGGAAGUGUCCAGAAGCUUGUGGGCCAUUUGUACUCUAUAAAGUUUUAAAGUCCCACUGCCUUCGAUGAUGACAAGGUUACUUCAGAUGAUGAGUGUCCAACCUCUACUACCUACAACAAUUUAAGGAAAAACAAGAACUCCUCAAAACUCAAAGACAAAGGUCAGCUCGAUCCAGACAGGUAGAAAAAAAUUAAAAGACUGUAAAUAACAUUUUUUAUACAUUUUGUAUCUUUUUCAUUGGAGAUGAAGAAGAAAUCUCUUGUGAUGUUUCUUUUUUUAAUGAUUGUGUCUGUGUGAGGUUGUGAGUGAGGUUGAUGCGAGUGCAGUCUUGUUUGUUGCUGAGGGAGAGAUUUCCCCCACAUAGAGAAAAAAAGUCCCACAAAUCCCUCCCAGUGUUCCUCAGAAAUUUUCCCUCACACCCAUCAACUUUGUGUAUAGUGACAGGGAUCCGGCAAUAGUAUCUGAUGAGAUUAUUGAAACCACAAGACACGUUGAAGGGAAAAUAUCAAAGACGGAUGAAAUGAUUGUAAAUAGAGGAAGAAAAUAUUUUAAGAAAAGAGAUUUGAUGAAACAAGAUGAUUGUGCAGAAAAGAGGGCCAACGUUAAGCUAAAACACCACAUGAAGGUUCAGAGCUCAGCUAUAAAAAUCUCUGUGUCAAAGUAUCAGCUCCGUCUGGAGAUUGUGCUGUUUUUGUGAUCUGCUGUAUAUGAAUGUGACCUUGUCAUCUGUCUGUGUAUCUCUGUGCCUCUGAUUCAGACCAUAUCAGUGGGUUGAUAUUUCAAAACCACCUUUAAAGUUCAGGUGGCUGAAAUCCGUCUGCUUUUUUCGAAUGAAGCUGGUUCAUGUUGCAACCAUUUAAAGCCCCUCAAGCUAUUGAGCACUUUGAUGCAUCGAGACUCAGCCUGCCUCUAAAGAUGCCACAGGAACAGAUGCCGGCAGCAUCCAGCAGACUCAUUUAUAAAAGAUUCUAAUGCAAUUUUUCUUUAAAUUCAAGCCAAAGGGACGGCUGUCUAAAUCAGGGCAAAUACUCCUAUACCUUCCUGUGAUGAUAAUGAAUUGUACAGGGGGAAAAUUCUGAAGAUAUACUUGACUGGUUUGAUAAUUCCUGCUUUAUUUCAUAAAAUGCACCAUGGACACAAGUCUGAAAGGCAGAAUUUGUUUGUCACUGAAGCCCUAGAUCUGUGGUUUGUAUUUGAUUUUGAUUUGGAAUGAAGGGGAGUUGAUCAUCAAGUGUCCCGUCUCUAGGUGCUUUUCAAUCACAUGAACUUUCCUGAGGAACUAGGUACCUUUUGAAGAACUGCAUGUUGGCAGCAACCAGGGUCUAAAUUGAGUUCUGCUGUAGAUAUUCUACCCCUCAAAGAGUCCUUGCUUAAACUAUGAGGGUUGGGGCUGCAAUGCUGAACAUUUCUGCUUGGUUACUAGCACAGUGACUCUGCCAGUGACUUCACCCCCAUAUUCCACAUACUCUGUCUGCCAAGCAAUCUGCACUGCCAAAAUGAAUCAAUCUAUGUAGAGUAGAUUGAUACGGACAGGAGGAGGAAUGUGCGAAGUAUCCAGUCAAUUUUAAAACAGAACACAACGCACAGACUCCCCUGUAUCUCAUCACUGGAUCAACAUUACGUCCUAUCCAAUCAGAUGGUCACAGAAGUAGCACAAUGGUAUGGAUAAAGAAAAGUUAACUUUUGAGGUGGAAAACCACAGGAUAUUUUACAAAACUACUCCUUCUUUAUAGAAACUAUAAACCUUAUUACGUCCUCAUGUACUCACCCAUGGUAGAACAAAAAAAAAUCACAGAAUGAUGUCAAGGUGAACUGCAGAUCAGCAUCAUUAAGGCAAAGUAAUCAAUUGCUUAUGCACCAUUCCUGUGCAAUCUUGUAGUUUUCCUGUGAUCAUGUGAUCUCAUCUCUAGCAGCUUGAGGCUGAGCUCUGCGGCGCACCGCUCCAGUAACUCAUCCAGUGGGCAAGGUGCGCAUCAUCAUUGGAGCUAAUGCACGCCCAGAACAAAGUGCAGGCAGAGUAUGCAGAAUUUGAGGGUUAGAUGACCACACAGAUCAUUAGCAUUGUAACAGUCAACAUAAGGUCAGAUUUAGAGCCAAAGAGGUAUUUCACAGAAGAGAAGAAACAUCUUCAAGAACCUUAAACAAGUCCAGUUGCCCUCUUUGGAUCAAGCUUUAGAUAACCUGGAUGCCAGACCUUUAAUGAGAUGGUUUCCAUAUGGUUUAUUGUAGAUAUUGUGUCUGUCCUUUGACCCAGACCCUUCUUUACAGUACAUCCAAAUAUAGACAAAGAAAAAUGAAAAUCACAAAUGAUAGAAUUAGAAUUAAAACUACAAAUAGAGUUUCUGGUUAAAAAUAUCUGACAAUUACAUUAGGUCUGUUAAAUAUUUGAUCCUAGGCAUUUAAAUUUGUAAAUGAUCUGAUAGUACAUAAUAUCAGACUUUACUGUCUUCCUGAAACCUGGCUGUGUCAGGAUGCCUGAUUUGCCUGAUCUUCCCAGGACUUAAGACCCUGGUGGAAACACGGGCAACACUGGGCCAAAGGAACCAUGUAGCUCCUUGUGCAGUAGAUCCUGGACCUUCUUCGUUCUGGGUGGUUUCAUAGGUUGUUUCCACCGGGCAGUCUGGUUCCAUUUGGUAUGGUACACAUUUGCAUUUCCAUCAUCAAAAGUUGGAUAUCACUCUCCUUUUUUGGCACCCUUCCAUAGGGGUACCAAGCUUAUCUAUCUGUCCCUGAACGGUGGAGCUACCCACACAAUAGGCACUCUGCAGUUUGCUGAUUGGUCAAAAGAAUCAUCACUUCCCACAAGACAGCUGUAAUACACACAACAAUGUGUUUAAAUAUCACAUGGAUUUUGAAAAGAAUAUAAUCAGGACACAUUUUUUUAAUCAACAAUAUCUGCACAUAAAACAACCCCAUGGACAACCUCGGCAUUUCUUGGCAAUUGUCAGUGACAAGGAGGUGCAGAGGGAAUUUGACGGAGCUGUGAGGCAAAAGAAAGUGUUCCAGCUGGUGGUGUAGCCUUGCCAUCUAGCUUAUAACACCACCCACCAAGUGAGGCUACAGGUGUCUGUGGAAACAAAACUAUUUCAGGGUUUACCAUACCAAACUGUACUCAAUCAACCAGACCACCUGGUGGAAACACAUCUUUGGUUGAAAAGUUCCUAUAGAGACCCUUUUUAACAUACCAAGUUUAAAUUUUACCCCAAUGUUUCUGCUCAUGUUUGUAUCACGAAUCCCAUGCCAGCAGUCUUUACCUGCUUGCCUGAGCAUGGUUGCUUGACAAUUCAAUAUAUCCUUCUUCAAUACAAAAUUUCAAAGGAAGCAGGCACAUGAGUCUUGACGUUUCUCUCCAGCUGUCAUUGAUGAGGUGGUUGACACCAGAGCACAUCAAGGUAGCUUUGUUGUUUGUACAACGAUGAGGUUUCUUGAAAGAUACAGUGCUGCUUCUGCUGCGACAGUUAGCCUGAGUAGAUGUCAGGAUGUCAGUUGUGUCAGCGCUAAAAGCCUCUAAGUGGUUUUGAGAUGCAGGUCUUUCCAUCAGCAGCUGCUCCUUUUGCACAGCUGUUGUAGCGAGCACCGAGUUCAGGCAGUAAGGUAACAACAUGCAUGCAUUAGUAAGCGACAGAGGCAGGAAUACUAUCUACAUCUGACUCUAAAGGGAAUAAGGAUGUCAAACAAAAGUGUUUUUUUGAAAGGACAGAACAGAAGUGGAUCUGAAAAAUGAUAGCUGUGCUUUUUGGGAGGUUUGGGAAAAGUGUUGUCUGAGAUUCCUUGAGCAGUGAUACUUGUGACAGUCCAAAAAUAUAUCAGCAACAAGGGAAGAAGGCAGCAAAGAAAAAGACAGAAAAACAUCUCAACAAGCACAAGAAUAAAUCCUGAGGUACAAAAAUGAAAAAUGUUGGAAGGAGAACGAAUUGGGUCAGAAACUAUGACUGUGAGCUGAUCGUAUCUGCAGGGAGGACAGCGUGGACACUACUCAUCACAGAGAAAGAAAAAACAAAACACAUCCACAAAUACACACAUCCCACACACCUAGCCAACGCAUAUCUCCCAUCUCUGACCACUGCUCUGACACCCUGGGAUUUAAUGUGACAAGUGAACCUUUUCAUGACAGUAGUAUUGCCAAAAAAGGCUCCUGCAGGGAACGUAAUCCAGUAGUCCUUUAAAGAGACAGCACACCUUAGAAUAAUCUGACUUUGAUUCCUUCUUUUCAUCCAGCUGCUCCAUAUAUUUAUUUUUCUUCACAGAUUUGUUUAUCUUCAACUGACAGUACCUUUAACUUGUACAGACAUGAGAUUUAUUUUACUUAUUGAUUAUUUAUUGACAUCGUGUUGAUUAUUUACAUCACCAUUUUGUAUGAGAGGUUGUUGUAAAGAUGUGUGUGGGUUUAUUGUCCAAAUGUUCCAUUUUUCACAUGUAAUGUAUCUCUAAAUGCACAGAAGGAUGACAUAAAAGAAGGGAUGUGAAGAUGAAGAAGUUUGUUUACACCUAGUAUAGCAGUAUGAUCAUAUCACGUGGCUUUUGAGCAUUUUGGUAUGUUUUGUUUAUCCAACAAUGACAGUAAAAUCUUGGGUAGUUAAUCAAAAACAGAAAUUUAAGGUCUUUAUCAGUAAUCUCCAAACAAAGUUACACUAAAAGGGCAAAAGUAUUUGGCUUUCUGACCCUUACACAAGCAUGGACUGUAAUGGCAUUGUUAUGUACUUUAAUAUGGAGUUGCCCCCCCACCAUUUUGCAACAGCUUCCACUCUUCUUCGAAGACUUUCUUCAAGAUUUUUGCAUGUGUCUGUGGGAUUUUGUGCCCAUUUGUUCUGUAGAGCAUUUACGAGGUCAGGCACUGGUGCUGGACAAGAAGGCCUGGCUUGCAGUCUCCAUUCCAGUUCAUCCUAAAGGUGCUUGAUGGGGUUGAGGUCAGGGCUCUGUGAACACAUCAUCAAACAAUGUCUUAAUAGUCCUUGCUUUGUGUACUGGGGACAGUCAUGUUGGAACAGAAAAGGGCCUUCUCCAAACUGUUGCCACAAAGUUAGAAUCAUAGCCUUCUCCAAAAUGUCUUGGUAUGCUGAAGCAUAAAGACUGCCUUUCCCUAGAGAUCAGGGGCCUAGCCCAAACCCUGAAAAACAGUCCCAUACCAUUGUCCCUCCUCCACCAAACUUUACAGUUGGCACAAUGCAGCCAGUAAGGUAACGUUCUCCUGUCAUCAGCCAACCCAGUGUGCUUCACACCACUUAAUCAGAUGCUUGGCAUUGGACUUGGUGAUGUGAGGCUUACAUGCAACUGCUCGGCCAUGAAAUCAUUCUAUAAGAUUCUAGCUGCUCAGUUUUUGUGCUUAUAUUAAUGCCAGUGGAAGUUCGGAACAAUCUUGAAUCACCAGAGCGUUGGCGACUUUCACGCCAGAGUCGAUGACCCCACUCUGUGAUUUUACAUGGUCUUCAGUUUUGUGGCUGAGUUGCUGUUGUUCCUAAACGCUUCCAUUUUAUAAUAAUAUCACUUACCAUUGACUGUGGAAUAUCCAGCAGAGAUGAAAUUUCACUAACCUCUUGCUUCUAAAGUGGCAUCCAUCACACUACCAUGCUUGGUCACUGAGCCUUUCAGAAAGGUUCAUUUUGUAUCACAAAUGUUUGCAAAUGGAGACUGCAUGGCUGGGUGUUUUUACACCUGUAGCAACGGUUCUGAUUGAAACACAUUUAUUCAAUAAUCAACAGGUGUGCCCAAGUACUUCUGUCCAUAUAGUGUAUCUAACAUAUCAGAAUUGAAAGUUGAUUACUGAUCAUAAAUGUGCAGAAAUUUUGCAUGUAAAACCCUUUUCCUCUCUCACUGUAGUAACAGGGAAAACUCCAGCGUCAGGUUAAUCUUGUUCCAGUGAAAAAGGGAGUGUCACUAAUGAGAACAGUCCAAAGACUUCAGAGACUCGAACGCUCUGAUGGCCUCGGACCAGAAAAACAGGAAAAAUAAAGAAUAAAGGGCAAAAACUGACAGAAGAAAGGAAACAGGGAGAGAGAUAGAGAAGGAGGAGGAGGGAUGGGAGUUGUCUUUGUUAGAUUUGUGUUCAUUAUGGGAUGCCUUCUAUCCGGCUGUCUGCAAGGGACAAUGGCAUGGAAACAGCUGUUCCUCUGUUACCACGGA